AAUUGGGCUUCAUUUGCGGAUUCAGAGUUCUUCUUCUUCUACCUUUCUCCAUGAAUCCCUCUUCGACUCCAUAUCCCAAUCAAUACCUUUUCCCUUAUCCCCCUCAAAACCCUAACCCUAAUCCUAUCCCUAAUUUCUUCUUCUCCGCUGUUCACCAACCUCCACCACCACCACAACGACCACCGCGGUCUCAAUCUCAAGCUCAGCAACAGCAACUUCCUUCCGCCACAGCCACUCCGACUCUCGAUCUCUCUACCACACUUUCUUCUCUCACUGACCUACUCUCUCUCUCCCAACAAAUCCUUAGCUCUCUAUCUUCUCUACUCUCUCCUCAAACUACCUCUCUAAAAUCCCAGAAUGCCAAUUUUGUUGUCUGUCCCCAUAAUCCUCACCACCUCAUGCCUCCAGAGUUUCUCUUUCUCCACUCUCUUCGUUGUCCAUCUCCUCUCUUUGAUGACACCACGUCUCUUAUCGAUUCCCUCCACUACCCAAAAACUGUGAACCUCCAAACGCCGCCUAAAAGUCUCUUUACUCAGUCGAUUCAGGAUUCCAACACAGAACUGUGCUUUUCUUUAGAUAGUUUUUACAAUGAGUUCGGUUCCAACUUCUUUUAUAAAGAUUGCCCAGGUGUUGUUAACUCCACUGAUUUAGAUGACUCAAAUCAAACAUUCACAUUACCUGGUGUUUUAUCAGUAGAAUGUGCAAAUUUUAUUUUUUAUCUUUUAUUUUUUAUUUUUGAGAAAUUCAAACAAAAUUCAGAGACUGCAAGUUUUGUAAUCUACCAAGAUAUCAACGGCGGGGUCAAGGGACUGGUAGAGUACAGAGAGAGAAGGCUUUCAAGAAGAUAUUUUUUGACUUUUAACAAGGAAACGAGCAAGACUAAGACAAGGCAGGAGUUAUUGGCUGAAGAACGGGAUUACAAACGGCGAAGAAUGUCAUAUCGUGGGAAGAAGUUGAAAAGGACAACUUUGCAGGUGAUGUGGGAUAUAAUAGAUGAAUACAUGGAGGAAAUCAAGCAAGCUGGAGGGAUUGGUUGUUUUGAGAAGGAGGCUGAAGAGGAACGGAUGUCUCAUAAACCAUCCUCUGCUUCUAACAUUGAUAUGGACGUUGAUGAAUUCAGAGAAGGCAAUAGAGCAAGUUCUAAGUCUUCUGAAGAUAAAGCUACUCCAAAAUACUAUGAAAAACAAUCACAACCUGAUCAUAGCCUCAGAUCUAUAAAAAAUAUCAGAGAAACACUGUCAAGGCAGACAUGUGUUAAAGAUUAUAUUCUGAAAAAGUCCAGAAAACAUAGAAAUGAUUCAGAAGUGACUAAUAAGCAUCGUGACAAAAGAUCUUCUAGCAAGUCCAGUUAUCAAAACAAGUCAUCUCAGUAUUUGUCACAUUCUGCCAAUAAUUCUGGUAGACAAAAGGAUGACGAGAAAUUGGAUGUUAUGGAUAGGCAUCUAAGAAGCUCAUAUGAGAAUCAUAGCUCAAAGUUUCUGGCGAAAAAUGCUUUUGAGGAUAGAUACAACCCUGCAGUAUCUCAUGACACAUAUCAAGAUGAUGUGUACGCUAACAAGAAGUAUGUCAGAGCAGAGAAAUUCCAUAAUUAAAAUUGCAGCAAUUCUGCGACCGCUUAUCCUGAGAAAGCCUUAAGUUUUAUGAUAUGG